AUGGCUUCUUAUUCUUUCACUUGUUUUCUUCUCAUCUCCUUCUUACUUUCACACUCUGAUGCUCAGCCUUUUUCUUCAUCACGACCUCGAGGAGUAGUCCUUCCAUUUCAUAAAGAUCCAUCCACUCUCCAAUAUGUUACGGAAAUCAGUUUAGGAACCCCCAAAGUUCCCAUAAGCCUAGUUCUCGAUCUAGGCGGUAAAUUCCCCUGGAUCCAUUGUGGUCAAAAGCAACAACUUAAUUCAUCGUCGUAUCAACCGGUGGAUUGCAAGUCACCUCAAUGCUUGCUGGCCAGCAGCAACUCCGCUCAGAUUCCGCAUUGCUGCAACGAAACAUGUAGUAUUUCCUCAACUAACACAGUAACUCGGUCAACUAGGAGCGGUCAGCUAGGUUCAGAUGUUGUGACUCUGCAAUCAGGUUAUGAGCCUGGUCGACGACCUUAUCUCUGGCUCCGAGGCGAAAAUGUUACGGCUCGUCGGUUUGCUUUCGGAUGCGGAACAACUAGUCUAAUUGGACUUGCCAAGGGUGUUAAUGGGAUGGCCGGUCUUGGGCGUUCAGGACUUUCUUUCGUUUCACAAUUUGCAGCUGCAUUUCAUUUUUCUCGGAAGUUCGCUUUGGAUUUUCAAUUUGGCAACGUCUAUUUUGGCGGCGGACAUUACAUUCACGAAACGUUGAGGCCUUCUUUCAUUUACACCCCACUCAUCACUAACCCAUACAAUCAAGACUGUUCUACUGAUUAUUACAUUGGCGUCAAAUCAAUCCAGAUAGAUGGUGAAAAUGUCGCAAUACACAAAAAAAUUGUUAUCUAUUAA